AUGGUUUAUUCGAGAGACGCUGUGCUGGUUGGGAAUUGCCUUUACUGGAAGCUUGCUGGGAACUUGAUUGGUAUCCUCAAGUUUGAUUUGGAGAGGCAGAGCCUAGCUGUGAUACGGGUGCCAGUGGAUUUGCUUGGCGAGGGUAACUCCUUCACGGUUAUGAGGGCCGAGGGUGGUGGGCUGGGUUUCCUCUUUGUGCCGUACUCAGACUGCAAUGCUCAGUUAUGGAAGAGGAAUAUCGAUUGCGAUGGUAUUGCUUCAUGGGUGCUUGCACGAACUAUUGAACUGGACAAGCUACUUUCUGUGGGAUGGCCCUAUAUGAUGCUUGGGUUUGCUGAGCAGAAUAAUGUGGUGUUUUAUUGGACAGUUAAUGGCGUCUUAAUGGUCGAGCUUGAGUCAUUGAAGUUCAAGAAGCUUUUUGAAACCAUGACUUUGUCGUACUAUCAUCCAUUCGAAAGUGUCUACAGUGGAGGUAAUAGUCUGGCUUACUUCCUAAAAAAAAGUCUGUUUUUUUGCUAG